UUGGGAAACAUGUACAAAACAUUGAUGAAAUGUUGGAAACCAGUUGAAACACAGUAAAAUCAACUCGGUAAAAUAGGACCACUUCUCUUCAUCUACGUUGGGAUUUGUCAAGGAGUGAACUAUGACAUAUCAAUUUUUGCUACUGUUUCUACUCUGGGUGUGCCUGCCACAUUUCUGCUCUCUGGAAAUAAUGUUCAGAAGGACGCCUGUACCACAGCAAAGAAUUUUAAGUUCACGUGUACCAAGGAGUGAUGGCAAAAUUCUCCAUCGUCAAAAACGUGGUUGGAUGUGGAAUCAGUUUUUCCUACUGGAAGAAUAUACAGGAUCUGAUUAUCAAUACGUAGGCAAGCUACAUUCAGACCAAGAUAAAGGAGAUGGAUCACUCAAAUAUAUCUUAUCUGGAGAUGGAGCUGGUACUCUUUUUAUUAUUGAUGAAAAAACAGGUGAUAUUCAUGCCACAAGACGAAUUGAUAGGGAGGAAAAGGCCUUUUAUACUCUACGUGCACAAGCUAUUAACAGAAGAACUCUGAGGCCAGUAGAGCCGGAGUCAGAGUUUGUGAUCAAAAUUCAUGAUAUCAAUGACAAUGAACCCACGUUUCCAGAAGAAAUCUAUACAGCAAGUGUUCCGGAAAUGUCUGUUGUAGGUACUUCUGUGGUGCAAGUCACAGCUACAGAUGCCGAUGAUCCUUCAUACGGGAACAGCGCCAGAGUCAUUUACAGCAUACUUCAAGGGCAGCCCUAUUUCUCUGUGGAGCCUGAAACAGGUAUCAUCAGGACUGCUUUACCAAACAUGAACAGAGAAAACAGAGAACAAUAUCAAGUGGUCAUCCAGGCCAAAGACAUGGGCGGCCAGAUGGGAGGUUUAUCAGGGACAACCACCGUGAACAUCACGCUGACAGAUGUCAAUGACAACCCGCCACGUUUCCCCCAGAACACUAUUCAUCUUAGAGUUCUUGAAUCCUCCCCAGUUGGCACAGCCAUUGGAAGUGUCAAAGCAACUGAUGCUGACACUGGGAAAAAUGCUGAAGUAGAAUACCGAAUUAUUGAUGGUGAUGGUACUGAUAUGUUUGACAUUGUGACUGAGAAGGACACACAGGAAGGCAUCAUAACUGUGAAACAGCCACUUGACUAUGAGAGCCGAAGACUUUAUACUCUGAAAGUCGAAGCAGAAAACACCCAUGUAGAUCCCCGUUUUUAUUACCUAGGACCAUUUAAAGAUACUACCAUAGUGAAAAUCUCUAUAGAAGAUGUGGAUGAACCUCCUGUUUUUAGUAGGUCUUCCUAUCUGUUUGAAGUUCAUGAAGAUAUUGAAGUUGGCACAAUCAUUGGUACUGUAAUGGCAAGGGACCCAGAUUCUAUUUCCAGCCCUAUUAGAUUUUCCUUGGAUCGCCAUACUGACCUUGACAGAAUCUUUAACAUUCAUUCAGGAAAUGGAUCUCUUUAUACUUCAAAACCUCUUGACCGAGAACUAUCUCAGUGGCAUAAUCUUACUGUUAUUGCUGCUGAAAUCAACAAUCCCAAAGAGACAACACGCGUCGCUGUUUUUGUGAGAAUUUUGGAUGUUAAUGACAACGCCCCACAGUUUGCUGUGUUCUAUGACACUUUUGUAUGUGAAAAUGCCAGACCAGGGCAGCUAAUACAGACUAUAAGUGCAGUAGACAAAGAUGACCCUUUAGGUGGACAGAAAUUUUUUUUCAGUUUAGCUGCUGUCAAUCCAAACUUCACAGUACAGGAUAAUGAAGAUAAUACUGCCAGAAUCUUAACCAGAAAAAAUGGAUUCAAUAGACAUGAAAUCAGUACCUAUCUCUUGCCUGUGGUGAUAUCAGACAAUGAUUACCCAAUUCAGAGCAGCACAGGCACACUGACCAUUCGAGUGUGUGCUUGUGACAGCCAAGGCAACAUGCAAUCCUGCAGUGCUGAAGCCCUGCUCCUCCCUGCGGGCCUCAGCACGGGGGCCUUGAUCGCCAUCCUCCUCUGCAUCAUCAUUCUACUGGUUAUAGUAGUACUGUUUGCAGCUCUGAAAAGACAGCGAAAAAAAGAGCCUCUGAUCUUGUCAAAAGAAGAUAUCAGAGACAACAUUGUGAGCUAUAACGAUGAGGGUGGUGGAGAGGAGGACACCCAGGCCUUUGAUAUCGGCACCCUGAGGAAUCCUGCAGCCAUUGAGGAAAAAAAGCUCCGGCGAGAUAUUAUUCCAGAAACGUUAUUUAUUCCUCGGAGGACUCCUACAGCUCCAGAUAACACGGACGUCCGGGAUUUCAUUAAUGAAAGGCUAAAAGAGCACGACCUUGACCCCACCGCACCCCCAUACGACUCACUUGCAACCUAUGCCUAUGAAGGAAAUGAUUCCAUUGCUGAAUCUCUGAGUUCAUUAGAAUCAGGUACUACUGAAGGAGACCAAAACUACGAUUACCUCCGAGAAUGGGGCCCUCGGUUUAAUAAGCUAGCAGAAAUGUAUGGUGGCGGGGAAAGUGACAAAGACUCUUAACGUAGGACAUAUGUUCUAUUCAAACAAGAGAAAGUAACUAUACCCAUGCUGUCCCCACUUCACAAUAUUUGAUAUUCAGGAGGUUUUUCCUGCCAGUCAGCACAAUUUUUUUUUCCCCCAUUUACUUCUUAAUUUGUUCAUUAAUUACAUUAAUUCUUUCCUGUAGGAUGUCUCAUGGAAUAUAUACAACAUUUUAUUUAAUCACUUCCAAGAGCCAAAGCUAUGGAAAUACAGUGUUGUCCAUCUUAGUAAAUAAAAGAUAAUUUCAGAAACAUGAACAGGAUAGUUCUCCCUUAAGCAACCUCACAAACAAGCCGCUUCUGUUAGAUACAUGUCCUGCCCUUGCAAAUGAAGCUUUUAAAAAGGUGAAGAAAAAUUUUAAGGUCUAUCCUGUUCUGUACAUUAAAUUAAAAAAAAAAAAAUGUACAUGUGGUGUUAGUAGGUGUGAUAUGCAACCUGGUAUACAGACAUUUGUGCAAUUUCAUUUCAUCAAAUUCUAUCUGCUAAUGUUUUAUAUUUAUAUUUUUGUAUUUAUUUUUAAAAAAAUAAACCAGUUUUUACAACUA